UCCAAGGUAAGCAGUUGACUGGUUCGGUAGUUUUGAAAAACAACGUCCUCCGUGUGUUGUUCGCUUCUCCCAUCAUCAGAAUUCCAAAAAGAAAGAAAUUUCUAUUUUAUAUCUAUCUGUUCGUCUUUCAAGGUGAAGCACAAACACAAAACGAAGAAAAGAAGUCAUAAAAUUAAAUAAAACAAAAAGAAACAAAAAAACAACACACACACAGAACAAACAAAAUAAGAAGUGCAAAGGAAUAAAAACGAGAAGAAAAUUUCUUUUCUCGGGAAAAAUUCUCAGAUUCAAUCCAUCAGAGUCUCGUUUUUGAAAAUAGAAAUUUUAUUCGGUGUUUCAAGGGUUCAAGUGUAAACCAAAGGUGUUUUUAGUUCUUGUAAAGUUUUGAAACCAAUAAAGCACUCGUGGUGAAUUUCGUUUUCAAAGCAAAUAUAUAACGUCGAAAACGGUUGAAUUACAUACUAACCGAAAUCUUCUAAAUUAAGGCGGACUUAAUAACAGUUCUAGUAAAUAACCUACAAAACAACUUAGUUAUACACUUGCCAGGAUCAGCCACAACCUAAACUCGACGAAACAAAAAUGGAAUACCGGUGCUAUAGGUGGAGUUCGUCCAAAACGAUAUCAGCAAUACUCUUAAUCACCCUUAACACGUAUAUUGUAAAUGCUGCCCUAUGGUCAAAUUAUGCGAGUGAAGAAAAAUGUAGUGGGCCUUCGGGAUUGAAAUACUUAUCUGGCGAUGCAUUAAGGGAUUCACCAAAUUGCUUAGGACCAAAUAAUGCACCUUAUCCAAGUGCAGCUGUCGCGAGAACGUUUUCAAAUUGGAAUGGAAGUUCAAGACGAGGUAGACAAAAUAAAAUUCCUACAACACUUGAUCCAGCAAUUACAACAAGUGCUCUUCUAAAAGCCUAUGAUGAUGCAAAUAAUGACGAGCUUCCUAAAAGUCGAUAUGGUCGAGCAAUUAACGAUUCACCAUCACCAUCUCAGUGCCGGGGAACACCGGCUAGGCUAUGCAAAACACGCUACAACACCACUGCUCCAAUGUACGGAGUAAGUCUUACAUCAGGUCAACCAGUUACCAUUGUCCAAAAGUUCCCAGAUCUUUUACAGCAAGUUGUCUUCGAAGUAUGCGAGUCUUCUGAAUGUGAUGUUGUUCGUGGAGAAUGCACACAGACGUAUGUCCCAUAUUUGUUUUUGGUUAUACCCCUCGGCCCUGUGACGCUCACUGGACAGGAUUAUGUGCUAGUUGAAAGUGGAUGUGUAUGCAAACCUAAGUACUCAACGGGAGCACCACAAGAACCAAAUAUGAUACCAUAGUUUCAUUAGGAUUUAAGCUUUAUUUAUUUUGAUUUUAAUUUAAAUAAAAUACGUCCAUAUUAUAUUUAUUUCUUGCUUAGUGAAACAAAAACAAAAAACAUCAAAAUGUAUGAAUUUUUCGAUUUUCUCGAAUUUCGAUUCCAGUGUGAAUUUAAUAAAAUUGAAUUGCAAUAUAAUAUUCCUGUCACAUAAUCUGGCAUAUAAGGGUAGUUAAGGUGGGUAGUUAUUGAUUUACAUAUCAUAAUUAAAAAUAAGAAUUUAAAAUUUAACGUUUGUUAAAACUUUUAUAAUUUUUUAGUUAAAUAAUUACCACCCUUUAGACCGAGCAUUAAAUUAUUAAGAUAUAUAUACAUCAUAUUAAAACACAAAAAAAUAUUUAAUUUAAAUGAUACAAAGUAUUUCCUUAGCAGAUCAUGAAAAAAUAUAGCUUUUAUUACUUUGAAUGUAAAAUAAGUAAAAAAAAGGAAAUGGAAUUAGAAGCAAAAUUAUUAUAAAAUUAUAGACAUGUAUUUGUAUAUUAGAGUAAGAGAAAACUUAUUUAUUGUUUAAAAUAUUCUUAAUGAUUGAUUAUUAUUAAAUUAAAUGAAAUACGAAAUUAAUUGCGUAAUAAUAUUAGUAGUUGUG